ACAUAAGCCCAUCCAAACAGGCUCUACGUUGUCUUAUUUCCAUAUAUAAAUCGUCCAUUUCCCAAAAUACACCUUUUCAUACCUUUCUCUCUCACAAAUUCGCUCUGUGUUACAGUGAGGAAAAAAUCUCAUUUUUUCUAUUUUGGGAUUCAUGUCGGAGAAGGGUCGACCACUGCCUAAGUUUGGUGAAUGGGACGUUAAUGACCCAGCUUCUGCAGAGGGAUUUACUGUGAUUUUCAACAAGGCUAGGGAUGAGAAAAAAACUGGUGGCAAGCCAGAGUCACCAACAAAGGCUGAUGGUAAUAGAAAGGAAGGAGAAGAACCUUUAAAACCUCAAACUAAAAAAUGGUUUUGCUGUAUGCAGAGCCCUCAUGCAGAAUCUUGACAAGGGUCUCUGUAAAAGUUGAAUAUAGGAUGCAUAUUCAUAAUGAACCCUGCAACUUCUUUUGGAUUGGUGGUGGAGACUGAGGCAUUACUCAAGUCCCCUUUUGUCUUGUAAACUUGUGUUAUAUUGUGGGGGGGACAAAAAUGUGAGAGACAAAAUGUUUGAUGUACCUAUAUGUUGUAUCUUUUAUUUUAUCUUUUAGCAGACAAGCAGUCUGCUUGAUUUCACAUAGUGUGUUUUGUAAAGCACCUUUCAAUCGUAAAUUUUUCUGUUAAUUUCUGGA